AUGUCCUCCUACCCGAAAUCUGCAUGUGGGAUUGGAGUGCGUUUUACGGUUACAAAUCCUGAAGAGGAAGACGUAAGUCGCAAAAGCGGAUUGCCUGGACAAGAUGAAGGACCUUCGCGGGGAAGAGCAUUUGCAAACUUCUUUGAAGAAUUCGAGAAGGAGUCGGAUGGCAUGUCACAAACCUCCCAAGUAAACAGAGGGUGGCAACAAGCUAUGCGAGAUUCCUUCGAUCAGGAAAGAAGUCGAGCAGCUUGCGACUCCGUUGAAUUUUACAACCAGCACAGUUUUACGGAAUCCUACCUACAUGAUGCCGAUCCGGACUUGGUAUACAUGGACCGAUACGGUGGGCUGUCGCAAUCGCUUGUCCCUCACUCUUUUUACUCUGAGAGUGCAAGUGGACUGGGCAACAGCAGUAGUGCAGGCGCUCCACCCUUCUCCUCCGCCUUUUCCCUCAGUCGUCGUGGUGCAGCCCACCAGAUGUACAGAAAACCCCCCAAAAUCCUCGCUGGUCGAUAUCUUCUCGGUGGCACCAUUGGAUGUGGCAGUUAUGGCAAGGUGAAAGAUUGCUUGGAUCUCCUGACCCUCCGUCGCUGCGCUGUUAAGAUCGUCUCUAGACUUGGGGUUCGAAAAAUUCCCGGUGGCUGGUCUCAGGCCCUUACCGAGGCCUGUCUCCUUCGCUUCCUCAUGCCACACCGGCAUAUUGUUUCUGUGGCGACAGUUUUGCGUCUCACCGACCCCGAUCGAGUCGCCUUGGUGAUGGAACAUUGUCUUGGUUCUGUUCAUGAUCUCCAAGCUGCUGGUGUUGGUGGUGGCGGAGGAGGCGGUGUAGAUAUAACGGAGAUGGGAUACCAACAGUUUCGAAGGCUGCCAGAGGCUCAAGCACAUGCCUACUUCAUUCAAGUGAUAGAUGGACUGGCCUACCUUCACGCUAACGGCAUCAUCCACCGAGAUAUCAAACCGGCCAAUCUGCUAAUCACACCGGCACCGGGUUCUGGACUGAACUUGCCCGCCUCCCUGUCUCAUGAAUACCGCGGCAGUGGUGACACCUAUCAACCGGGUAUGGUGCCAUUUACGGGUGAGGAGGUGCUGCGACUCUCACGAGGCUACCUCAUUAAGUUGGCCGACUUUGGCGUCUCCGUCUCCAUACCCGCCUUCGCGUCCAGUGAUGAGGUCGGCGCUGGCCAAAUCACACCGGCCGUUCAACCCCCAGAAGUGGCUAAAGGUGCACAGACCUCCUUCCACGGUCCCAAACUGGACGUCUACAGUGCCGGCGUCUCCCUAUUCUUUAUGCUCACUGGUCGCGUGCCCUUCAGCAGUCCAAACGUGCUUCAGAUCUUCGAGGCCAUAGCUGAAGGCUUCUACGUCAUUCCCGGCCAUGUCUCCACUUCUGCCGCCCACCUCAUUCGCGGCAUGAUGUGCAAAAAUCCCCAAAAGCGUCUGAGCUUGGAGAAUGUGGCCCGUCACGAAUGGAUCUGCGACACAAAACAGCUCCUCCCCCCACCUAGUCUUUCUACCGCCGCGAAGGCUUGCGUCGCUCACUGGCGCUCCGUCAUCAAUGCCUCCUCAGUCUCCAACACCACCACCACCACCGCCUCCGUCCCUCCCACUCCUGUGCCUCGCGGCUUUGCCUGUUGGCUUGAUCCUCUCCUCUACCUCCGUCGGCCCACACCGCAAUUCGAAGCGCCACACAUUGACGAAACCGGUGCUCGAAUUUUCUCCCUUCCCGAGAUUGACUCAAUGUACGCUCUGGGGCAUAUUAUCGACUCGGAGGCACCGUCGUCACCCCCACAGACUUUGCCGCCUUCACCACCACGUCCGCGCUCGCCGACCCGUUUCAGUGUCAAGUCGUUUGACGGGGAGGAGAGGGGUGAGGUAAUGGUGGCUGCAGGAGCGGGGAUGGAUCUGCUACAUUCACCGUCAGGAGCGUUGGAGGAACGGCAGAUUACGCCGUUGUCGGUGCUGAAACACUUGAGGAACUUCCACAACUGGCCUCCGCUGCCAAGUCAAGCAGAAACCUGCGUAACCGAUGAGGUUCAACCCUUCUCCUUCAGCUUCCAAGACGCUGGCGAGUCCGGAACGCCCUUGGAGGAGUCGCUUUCUCGUCUUGGGAUCAUGGACUACGGCGUGGCGCCCGUACCCUCACCACCACAACAGCCUCCGCUCUUGCUAGUCGAAGAGCCAUCCCCUGCUGACCUCCAGCCAUUUGUACGUCCACCAGACAUCUUUCCGCCCUGCGAGAGCGCUUGUCGUCCCUCAACUACUGUAUCACGCGUCUACUGUCACUCCCAGCCCAUAUUUUCGACGUCUCCGUCCACAGAAACGCAGCAACAGCCGCCCACCUCACCACAGGACAUCCCUGUGGACGAGAACCAUCGCUACACGUUGAGUACGGGCGCGCUCACUUCCGAACAGCUCUCCUCGUUGGCACGACACAUGGAGGAGGAGCAACAAAGGCGUCUUCAGCAGCAGCAGCAGCAGCAACAGAUGACGAAUUUUGCAAGUCUGCGUCGUUCUUCCGGUACACCCGCACCUGAGCCUGCAAUCGAGGUUGCUGAGAGGUGCACAACUCACCAGGAGGGCAAACCGCGGCAUCGCAGAGCUCCCACUACCCGUCUUACCCGUUGGUUCUCCGAUUCCAUGUCGUUGAUACGCAAUCACUUCCGUUGCCUGACUGCUGGCGCCGGCUGCAAAAGCAAUGCGACGAUGGAACGCAACCAGACGCAAGCGCCGCAUCCUACUGCAACCCAAAGUCUGCGUUCAAACAUCACCGUGCCAGAGGGAGAGGAUGCAAUGCCCACAGCUUGUCAUCGAGUCUCCAUCCUCCCCUCAUCGACGGGAAGAACAGUGGCGAGGCUGACCGCCAAUUCAGCUUCCUCCGCCUCUGUCUCCUCCUCCACCUCCUCCUCUGUUCUGCGUCGUCACCGACGUCGGAGACGUGCGCCUCUACCGAUGGAUCCGACCACCAAGAACUGA